AUGAGUGGGACCGCUCCCGCGGUGUCGUGGCGGCUUAAGGUGAUCAACGGCUGCGACGGCAACGGCGACCUCCUCCUCCCCCUCGUGCCGCAACCAUCGCUGCUGCAGCACUUCUACGCGCAAUGGCGCGACGAGGACGAGGAUCGCCACAAGGCGGCAGAGCGCCUCGGGGCGGAGCGCGCCGCGGAGGAGAGGCGGAGCCGCGGCGGCAAGAAGAAAAAGAAGGCAGCCACAGCAGCAAGUCGAAGUCGCAUCACCGCCCGCGACUGGCUGAAGAAAAUCCCGCACGUGGUGCUGGGGCGGCACACAUGCCUGCCGCGGCACUGCCGCCUGCGCCACGUCUGCGUGAGUCGCCUGCAUUGCCGCAUUGCGUACGUUGGCGACGCCGCAACGCACAGGCUCAUCGUCUCGCGGUACCCAUCUGCCAGACGUGCGGCAGGGGGGGGCGUCCGCAGCGAUGCAAGGAGUGAAGGAAGCAGUAGGGAUAAUGAUGGUGAGGACGAUGCAGGUGCCUUUCCUGGGCCGCACUACCGUCUGCUGAACUGCGGCGCCAACCCGCUGUAUGUGAACGACGAGGCGCUGCCGUGCGGGGAGAGCCGCUGCUUGCGCGAGCACGACGUCGUGGCCUUCCUGGAGAACCCCUUUGACGAAGAGGGCGGUGUGCUGCAGCCGCUAGGCACGGAGGACGCCGUAAAGUGUGACGGCCCUUCAGUAAAUGGGGAAGACAAGCAGGAAACCGUAGAGGCGAAGGAAGAAGAUGAGUGGCUCGUCACCGAAUCCACAGUGCGUGCUCUGUUUGACAGCACGAGCAAAGGGGACAACACAUCAACAGCAGCAGGAGCGGACCCGAAAGGUGCGUGUCAACUCCCGGCGUUUGUGGAGGUGAACGGUGUGCGCAUUGCCCGGUAUCGCCCGCUGCGGAUUCCAUCAGCUAUUCAGCAUCAGUUUGCAACAAGCGCAACAACAGCAACAGCAAGGACGUCACUCCAUGGUGGGACUCCGCUGAAGCGUGCGCCCUCCCUCGCCGUCGAGCACAACCGUCUUGUGGGAAGCCCAACGAAGGAUGAUGGGAAGGUUAUUGAGUCGAGGCAUGACGGUGUGCUGAACCAAAACUUUUGCUUCACACCACCGCCCAAACUCCUUUCUCCGCAAGCGAGGAAAGCGCGGCAGCCUGAGCGGCAACUGAAAAAUGAGGAAAAUGACCAUGAUGACGGCGUAGAUAUCAUCGAGGACGUUGUCUCCCCGCUGCAACAGCGAUUGGUGUCCUCCCCGGGGCGUUGUAAUGGUGCUCCUGCGUCCCCUGAGGCGAAGGCACAUCUUGCCCCUGGGCGCAGCGGCACAACGUGCGAGGAGCCGCUGCCUGUUACAGUUCUGCCACCGCGGCUGCCGGUGUACGUCUUCGCCCGCCGCAGCCCAAGCCCGGUAGGCUUCACGCACCAGGCCCCCUCUAUUGGCCGCUACCAGUCACUGCAGCCGCAGCUGCGCCAUCGUCAUGUCGAGAAGUCAACAGUGGUAGUGAUGAAAAAAGGGGGAAUGACGGAAUGGGUGGAGGAGGAUACGGCAGUAGACGCAGCGAUGGCAGUGGGGCAGCAAGUACGACGCAAACGCGGCAGACCGCCACGCAGUAAAAAGGCGUGA